UUGGCCUGUCUCCUUGCCCACCUCUUUGACAAAACAUCACCGGACCUAUCGGUUGCUUUUGACACAAUCCCUUUUGUUUUCUCAUUUUUAUACAGGUGGUGGGAAUCCGACGUUCCAUGAAUCAUCGCUCCUGCUCUUUAGACGCCCAAAAUCCGUCACUUUUCAUGAACAUAUUGUCCACCGGGCCAGCAUCAAGGCGGCUUUGACAUUGGGACGGGCUAGUGACCAGCCAGGCUUGAGUUGUGACUAGUGAUGGGAGGCAUGGCCAAUGCCGAUAGACAGUACCAAAAGGUCCGCUUUUGGCCGCCACGCUUGCAGACUCUGUUAGCAAUGCCGAACGGCAGAUCUCCAAAUUCUGUGCGACUGUCCAUAUUGCCGCGAUAUAAUGCCAAGACCCCAACCAGAUGGCUAAUCUCUAUAUUUUCCCGGCCACUGCCCACACACGACGACCACGACGUGGGCGGUACCAUGUUUCAGGAACUCACCGACUCUGGGUCGAGGAACCCGUCUACACCCUCCGGGACUUGACUCCCCGAUGCAACCUUCCGCAAUUAAGGAUGCUACCGGCAGUCAAGUUUUUGCAAUCAAAUAGUGACGUCGAAAACAUAAUUGGCAAGGGGCUGAUGAUAACGAGUGAAAUAUGUUGGAACGCUGGAUGAAUAAACCGUAAGCUCGCCCACCCUGAGGGAGCUACAAUUCCGAGUUGCUAUCCAUUCUCGUGGAACUGCGUUGCAGCAAAGCUUCAAGCUGCGAUCCCUGUUUCAAGGCAAAAACCAGGUCCCUUAGCCGCGUAGUCCAGCCUCACAACCUAAGAGUUCGACUUUCAACAUGCAUUCGGUCAUUUCGAGCGCGGCCCUGGUGUGGCUCCUGGUGGCGGAGGCGGCAGCCCAGAAUUGCGCGGCCGUCACAUCCAGGUUCCAGCCCAAGAUGGGUCCAGGUUACCAAGUGCGCGUGAUCGCGACGGGCCUGAGAAGCCCCCGUCACAUACGCAUUGACUCUGCUGGAAAUCUUUUGGUUGCCGAGGGAGGCACCGCAACAGUACGACGCCUGGUCUUGAAGGAGCAGGGGGGCAGCGUUUGCGUCUCGUCCAACACUGCACUUACUCCCGUACAGUCUACAAACCACGGCAUCGAUCUCAGCGCAGACGGCAAGACCUUGUACACUUCUAGCCUGGCCAGCGUGACAGCUUUCCCAUAUGAUGCGGCCGCCGGCACUGUGGGCGCCGGCAAGGCAAUCAUCACAGGAAUGAGCAUCCAGGGCACACACCCAACCCGAGCUAUCUUGGUUUCCAAGAUGAACCCGGAUGUUCUCCUCGUUGCUCGAGGCUCCCAGGCAAACGUCGAUACGCAAACCACCUCGCAGACAGCCGGUCGAUCCAUGAUCAAGACGUUCAGCCUCAAGCAAAUCACUGCAGCUCCAGUGCAAUACACCGCCGGUGGUGAGGUGCUCGGCUGGGGUUUGCGGAACGUGGUGGGGAUGGCCGAGGAUCCAGUCAGCGGCAACGUGUUCUCGGUAGAAAACCAAAUGGACGACAUCCGGCUGGGCGGCCGAGACGUGCACAACGAGAACCCAGCCGAGCGGCUCGCCUUCCACGGCAACCUCAACGACACGUCCAACGCGCAAAAGGGGCUCAACUUUGGCUACCCGUCGUGCGUGCCGGCGUGGGACACGCAGCAGCUCGGCAACAACCUGCAGGUGGGCGACCUGUUCAUGCCGGACGGGGUGCCGCAGGCGAGCGACUGCGCGCGCCGCGCCAAGGGCCGCCUACACUUCCCCGCGCACACGGCGCCGCUCGACAUGGCCUUCAACGCCAACGCCACGUCGGCCUACAUUGCGUUCCACGGCAGCUGGAACCGGAACCCGGCCGACGGCUACCGCGUCAUGCGCGUCGACUUUGACCCCGCCACCGGCCAGCCCAAGGAGAGCGCCACGAGCAAGACGGCCUCGAUCCCCGUCAUGGAGAACACAAACGUCGGCGCCUGUCCCGGUGCGUGCUUCCGGCCCGUCGGGCUGGCCUUUGAUGCCAAGGGAAGGCUCUACGUCUCGAGCGACUCGUCUGGUGAGAUUUAUGUCAUUACUGGCGCCUGA